AUGGUGUUCGCUGAUGCUGGGCGUCGUUCGCCGGAACGACGGGGCAGAAGCUCGAGUACCGCCAGUGGCCCCGUCGGCGGCACGCUACACCGGCCUCGACUUGGUAGCCAUGCGCGGAACAGUUCUCGCCACUCCGCCCAACAUGAACCUGCCGUCAAAACCACACAUCUAGCCGACGAAAAGCCUGUAGCCAGUGGAACGGGAGUCGCGGCUUAUAUAUCCCUUGCGGAGCCUGUUUUGUUCUUGCAGGGCUUCGAUCCCAAUGAUGCCUCGACACACAGUACCACGAUGCUCCGGGGAAGCCUGUUGUUGCGGGUCUCGAAACAGGCCAAGCUGAAGUCGAUAUCGCUCAACUUUCGUGGCAAAUCGGAGACAGAGUGGCCGGAGGGCAUUCCGCCCAAGCGGACUGAGUUCAAAGACUCGACAACCAUCAUGAACCACACUUGGUCUUUUUUCAAUGCCCAGAUGCCGCAAGCGGAGUACAGCUAUGGUGCAGAUAUCGUCCAGCUACACAAAGGGCCCUCUGUGGACUCCAAGGAUCUCGGUGUCACAGUGUCUUCCUUCGAUCUCUUCCAGCGCAGCGCCUCCCCCGCCAAACGACUGACGUCUGGAGAUGCGAAAAGGCUUUCUCUACAGGCAAACCAGUCUCGAAGCUUCGGGAAAGGCGACACCAUCAAUGGGGGUCCCACUGUUGCACAAAAAGGCUUCAAAGUCUUCCAUCCCGGCGAAUAUGUAUACAACUUCGAAUUGCCUCUGGAUUCCAGAUUACCAGAAACCAUCAAUGUCGACCUGGGUCACGUCAAGUACGAGUUGGAGGCUCUUGUGGAACGGUCCGGUGCUUUCCGUGCCAACUUGGUGGGCACAAAGGAGCUCACACUGAUCAGAGCUCCGGCUGAAGGCUCCUUGGAACAAGUCGAACCCAUUGCCAUAUCCCGGAAUUGGGAAGAUCAAUUACACUACGACAUCGUCAUUUCGGGGAAGUCUUUCCCGUUGGGCUCUACCGUCCCAAUUGCCUUUAAAUUAACUCCACUGGCGAAGGUGCAAUGUCACCGGAUCAAAGUCUUUGUUACAGAGAAUAUACAGUACUUCACCAACAACAAGAAGGUGCAUCGACUGGAACCGACACGGAAAGUGCAGCUGUUUGAAAAACGAGCCGAUGGUCAUAGUGUUUCUGCGUACCCUGGAAGUUCUAUGCGCAUCUUGGCCGGCGGCGGUGUUCCCUACGAUUACCGUCAUGCUGCCGCUGCCGGCGACGAGGAUAUUCCCCGAGAUCAAACAAACCUCUUGGGAAAUCUGGACAGCGACGCAGCGAGCAUCGGCCCUACGGAGAUGGAAUUCAAUGUACAGCUGCCAACCUGUUACCAAAUGAAAGAAAAGUUGAGGACUGAACGACUUCAUUUCGAUACCACAUACUCAAACAUUCAGGUGAAUCACUGGAUCAAGAUUGUGAUGCGCUUGUCGAGACCGGAUGAAAGCGACUCAACCAAGCGUCGUCAUUUCGAGAUAUCGAUUGAUUCACCUUUCAACAUCCUCUCCUGUCGCGCGACGCAGUCGAAUAUCUCACUGCCUGCCUAUAGCGCUGGUGGCGCGGCUCCGGCUGCCCUGGACGAGUAUGAAUGUGGGUGCCCGGGAGCUGCAUUGAGGAGACGUAGUACUCCUCCAGUGCAGCCUCGAGUCCCUGUGUCUGGUACCGCAGGGCAAACAAAUCCCGGGGUCCAACGGAGUUGGACGAGUGAUUCGGGCGGGCUCACGCUGCCUACUCAGGCUCAUGUUCACAAUGAGAACAACGUUGUGCAACCACGACCCAUGCAUUUACUUCGAAGUCCCUCGUUCAACCCACCAGCUUUUGACGAAGAUGAGCCUCCGCCGCCGUUGGUCACUCCACCCCCGUUGUACGAUAACGUCGUCUCCGGAGACUCGACCAGCGCAUUGGCGGAUUACUUUGCGCGUCUCGCCGAUGAGACGUCGGAUGAAGAUGAUCGUUUGGACCGGUCACGGGUGGAUUAUCCCCUUACUCCUGGCGGCCGCAUCAACAGGAGUAUGGACAUUACUCGGACAUGGCUCCCCAUCGGCGGGACUAAUACCGGGACUACCGCUCAUAAUCCCUCAGGACUGGCCAACUCAACCCCCGUUGCAAAUUAG